AUCGCAACAAGAAUGAACGUGAAUCAACGAAUGAAGAAAACAAUGAAAUGAGUUUGGAGGAAAUGUUUACAUCGGGCAGAGCUUUUAAGUCGCUGCUGCAUAAUUUGCAGACUUUGUCUCCUGAAUCCUGUCUCUUCGCUCCUCUAUCUUAAUGAGAGUAGGCAGAUGCAGACCUAGUGGAUUCCAAUUCUAUCAGCAGUGUAAAACUCAAGUUAGUUGUUAGACGAGAACUCAGGUCAUCAACAAACAAAGUAGAAUUCAAUCAGAAAAAUGCUGAAGUUCUUGGCCGAUUUGACCAACGUGUACAGACGGCAGGCUGUGACCAUCGACAACCACAGCCUCUUCCUGAACCGCGUGGUCACUCUUGGUAUCCUCAUCUUCUGCUUCCUCGUCCAAGCAGGGACCACCUUCUUUAAGACGCCGAUUGACUGCUAUGGAGACAAAGAACUCAAGCAGUUUGCCAAUAUCUACUGCUACGUGCACUCCACUUACUCCAUCAAAAAUGCAGAUGCUCACAUUCAAAAGCACAUCAACGUAGGCUACAGCAACGGCAGCGAGAUCAAACAUGACUACUACCAGUGGGUGACGCUGACCCUGAUCGCGCAGGCAGCCUUGACCUACCUGCCUGCCUUCCUGUGGAAGGUCUGGGAGGGUGGCCGCAUCAAGUCUCUCACCCUUGGCCUCCAGUCUGCUUGCAUCCCCUUGGAGGAGUUGGCGCAGCGCAAAGCUCAAAUUAAGCAGUUCCUCAUCAAGGGCCUGGGUCUGCAGCGUUUGUAUCUCUUUCGCUUUGCUGUCUGCAACUGUCUCAAUGUGUGUGUGGUCUUCAUCCAACUCUACUUCAUCAAUCUGAUGGUUGGCGACCUUUUUACAAUUGGAUUUGACUUUUUCAAGGUCUUGGGGUCGAAUCCUCUUCAAAGGUCAGACAGGAUGGCCUUCAUCUUCCCCACCAUGUCCAAAUGCUUGGUCCCCAAGGUGGGCCCGUCAGGCAGAGAGGAAAGCAGAGACUUCCUCUGCGUGCUGCCCUUCAACCUGAUCAAUGAGAAGAUGUACACUGUCUUGUGGGUGUGGUUCAGCUUGCUGGCGAUCUUCACCUCUGUCAGUCUGCUUCUCAGCGUGAUGACGCUCUUCUGCAGGCCGAUGAGGACCACAAUGCUUCAAAUGCACUGCCACCCUGGACACAGCAAAAGCAUAGCAGAGUUGGUUUCCAAGCUGGAUGUGGCUGACUGGUUUGUCCUGCGCCAGAUUGGGAAGAAUGUCAACUCCAGCCUCUUCUCAGAAAUCAUUGAGGAGCUCGGCACUUCCCUUAAGAGUACUUCUCACAAUCAGUGCAAAAGUUGCUCAGUGCGGAACUUCAACUGCAAACAGUCACCAAUGGAUGGAGAUGCCACUUACGUUUAAGAGUUUACUAGAUCCAACUUGACUGCAGUUUACGAGGAAACAGAUAAAUUUCAGUAUCUCAGGCGCCCAAAGUUUUUUUGUAGUGUUAAAUCAUGAUUAUGAACUUAACCUUCCUUAUGCCCUGCUAGUUUGAAAGCUAUAGAACGUCUUGGUCCCGAUAAAAUUGCGCAACGUUCAACAAACACCCAAAAUUCAUUUUUAUUGUCGAAUUGAUUGUUGACCUUUUCUUGCAACAAGGAAAUUCGCGUUUGGUUGUUGAAAGUUACGCAAUUUUGCCGGGACCAGGAUGAGAAGCUCUAUUGUUUAAUUUAUUUUUUUGAUACAAACAGGAAAACAUGUGCCUUAUUUGCGUUUUCUUUAAACGUCAAGUUUUACAGUCAAAUGUAUGUAAGCAUACUUAUAAAAAUAAAGAAUCUGAUGUUCCUAUAUUACUCUAUUAAA